UAUUGUUUCGAGCACAUGGACUUGUUGGCAAGCGGUAUAAUAACUCAACGACUCUGCAAUGGAAAGAAAGUGAAUUUGAGACUCGACGCUCGAUAUCGCAAGAUGGCUUGUGCAAGGCCACUGAUAAGUGUGUACAAUGAAAAAGGAGUUUCAUCUGGGACGACCGUCACUUUGCCUGCAGUUUUCAAGUCACCAAUUCGACCUGACAUUGUGAAUUUUGUUCAUACCAAUGUCAGCAAAAAUCAUCGUCAGCCAUAUGCUGUGAAGAAAAUUGCUGGGGAACAAACAAGUGCUGAGUCAUGGGGAACUGGUCGUGCCGUCGCUCGUAUUCCACGUGUACGGGGGGGAGGUACCCAUCGAUCUGGUCAAGCUGCUUUUGGAAAUAUGUGUCGUGGUGGACGUAUGUAUGCUCCUACUAAAAUCUGGAGAAGAUGGCAUAGAAAAUGUAAUACCAAUCAGCGACGAUUUGCUGUGUGUUCUGCUCUUGCAGCAUCUGCUCUUCCCGCUCUCGUCAUGUCGAAAGGACACAAGAUUGAGCAGAUUCCUGAAGUUCCUCUUGUUGUUGAAGACAAAGUUCAGCAAUAUAAGAAGACUAAAGAAGCAGUUCUGUUGUUGAAGAAACUGAAAGCUUGGGAGGAUAUCAAGAAAGUCAAGGAUUCCAAACGCAUCCGUGCGGGAAAAGGAAAGAUGCGUAACCGACGCAGGACCAUGCGACGUGGACCUUGCAUCAUUUACGAUAAAGACGAGGGUAUUUCCAAAGCUUUCAGAAACAUCCCUGGAAUUACGUUGAUCAGUGUAGAUAGGCUUGACCUAUUGAAGAUUGCACCCGGCGGCCAUGUUGGAAGAUUCCUUAUCUGGACAGAGAGUGCUUUCAAAAGAUUGGAUUCGUUCUAUGGAACAUGGAGAAAGCAAUCUACUGAAAAGAAAAACUACAACCUGCCAAUGCCGAAGAUGACAUGCACUGAUUUGAGCAAGAUUCUCCAGUCAGAUGAAUUGCGUUCUGCUCUUCGUGCACCUAAGCGAGGAGUCGUACGCAGAACGCAAAAGAAGAAUCCGCUCAAGAAUUUCAGAUGUAUGAUGAAACUCAACCCAGCAGCGGCAAGUUUCAAGAGAGCAGCAAUUUUGUUUGAACAGAAACGACAAAAGGAGAAGGCAGAUCACAGAGCCAAGUUGGCAAAAGCAAAGGCAAAGAAGUAAAUCCUUUGCUAUGUUCUCUAAAAUAAAAUAUAAAAAUAAAUCUGGAGAGUACACA